AUGGACUAUACACAAGGAAAAAUGACAUCCUUGGUAGCCAGUAGAAGUGGUCUUGGUGGAGUAGUCUGCUUGCCGCAAGUACAGGUUCCAGCAGAACUUUUAUCCUCUCUCGACGCCAUUGCUUGGCCCCAAGAUUUCACUGUUUUUCUGCCUUUCACUGCACUGCAUCAACAACAGCAAGGUAACAACAAUCUCCAACUAAUAAACAGUGUUCAGUCGAACAAGAACGUCGCCAUUCUGUUUGACUAUGGAUCCGAGACGUCAGAUACCUCUUCUGGUUCAGUGGCAGACGACAUUGCCACAUGUGUCGAGAAUUCCAUCACCACUGCACUCGUUUGCCGCGACGACGGAGAUGCCAUGAUAAUGGCCAGUGGAGUGGCACAGACUUUGGACGAUACAGGAGGAGGAGACUACGUCUUUGUGGUUGGCGAACGCGGCAAGCACGGCAACGAUAUCUUGGAACUCUGUGAGGAAUUGUCCUAUUUGGACGUUCCCGGGCCCACCAUGAAAUCUAGGUUGGUAGUGGAUAUUUCCAACAAUACCAACGAGGAAUGCGAAGAAGCGGUGGAAGAAUGUCUACUACUGGGCGUCAACAAAUUUGCCAUUGAUGAAGAUCGAUUGAAUUGGCUCGGCCACUUUGUACAAGCUCAGGGCAAGAGUUGCACCUUUCAAUUUGACUAA